GCUACACUUACACAUAAUAGUAAAAUUCCUUGGGCAAAGCGAGUAGGCUGAAUCAAUCAUCAUCACACAGCACUUGCAUGAGAUCGUGCGGCGAAGCCCAAAUCGGAAGAUCAAACAAGUUAUAGAGUAGCAGUAGCAGCUUCUACUUCCCUGGAUCUCAUGGUGAAGGCAUCAUCUCAAACUCUAACCCACGUAUCUUCCCUUCUCUUAUCCAUGUCCUCCGCAAGGUUCGGAUUCUUCUGCCACUUCCCAACACUCCCUCCUUCUUCCUUCCCCUUCCCCACUCCAAGACUCUUCUCCACCAACCCCUCUCCAUACCCUCUCCAAUACGAACUCAUCAUCAACCGUCCAUCCUACCCCGAAACCCCCCGCCCACCACCUGUUCGACCCAAUGACUCUCCCGAACACGACCCGCCCCAACUCGACAAGGCCCAGAGGAAGUACUACAACAAACGCCGCAAGAGGAUGUACGGCUCCGACUCCGAUCAAGACACCAACGCGCCGCAUGACCAAGAUUUCGUCGAGUUGAAGCCCGAGGUGGUCGACUUUCCCACGCUGCAUAAGAGAGAAGAAGAGUUGUACUUCUACGACGCGUUUGCCUAUCCCUGGGAGAAGGAGAAGCAUUACAAGAUGGUUUAUCAGUUGGAGAAGAAGUACUUUCCUGACCAAUGCCUUGAUAAGGCCUUCCUCCAACCUGGACAGUCAGAUGCAAAUGGAAAGGGAAAGGGUAGGAAGAAAGUUGGUGGUGGUGAUGAAAAGCUGGUGUUUUUUGAGGGGAAAGUGGAGGAGGAAGACAAGGGUGGGAGUGGGAGUGGGAGUGGAACUAGAGAACUUAAGGAGAAGAAGGUUGAGGAGUUUUUUAAGGGUUUGAAGAAGGUUCCUGAUAACAAGGAUGUUCAGGUUGGAGGAGACCCUUUUCUUUCGUCAAGGAGGACUGCUCUCCCUCCCGUGUGGGAUAGUCCACAUGGCACUGUGGUUUUGAUCAACAAACCCAAAGGUUGGACUUCAUUCACUGUUUGUGGAAAGCUGCGGCGCCUUGUCAAAGUGAAAAAGGUAGGGCAUGCUGGGACUCUUGACCCAAUGGCUACUGGUUUACUGAUUGUUUGUGUUGGCAAAGCAACAAAACUGGUAGACAGAUAUCAAGGGAUGAUUAAGGGUUAUAGUGGGGUUUUCCGCUUGGGAGAGGCUACUUCAACAUGGGACGCUGAUUCACCGGUCAUUCAACGUGAGUCAUGGGAGCACAUCAAAGAUGAGGAUAUAAAGAAAAGUGCUUUGUCCUUUCGUGGGGAGAUUUGGCAAGUUCCUCCUAUGUUCUCAGCUAUUAAAGUUGGAGGUGAAAAGAUGUAUGAGAAAGCAAGGAGAGGAGAAAGCAUUGAACUUUCACCUAGACGAAUUUCAAUUUUUCAGUUUGACAUAGAGCGUAGCUUGGACGACAGACAAAAUUUGAUUUUUAGAGUGACAUGUUCCAAAGGGACAUAUAUUCGGUCACUCUGUGCAGAUUUUGGGAAGGCACUUGGCAGCUGUGCCCAUUUAACUGCUCUCCGAAGAGAUUCAAUUGGGCAAUAUUCGGCAGAUGAUGCAUGGGAUUUUCAAGAGCUGGAAGAAGCUAUUACCAAAAAUUAUCUCUGACUUCUCUGCUCUGUUGAUGAUGGGAUUAUGCACUAUUCUUUCUUGGGUAAAACAUGGAAAGUGGUUUAGGGGUCAUUUAGUUUUAGAAAAUAUUUCUCUAUUUUCAUUUUUAAUUAAAAAAAUGGUCUUAUUUUUAUUUUUUUUCUGUUUUCAAAAAUUUUCAUAAGCAUUAAACACAAAAUGAAAAAGAAAACAACAAAAAGUUGUUUUUGGUGAUUCUUAUUGUUUUCAUUAUUUUCAAUUCAAACUUUUGUUAAUAGAAAGUAAAGUGAAAAUGAACUAAUAUUUUUGUAAUUAGAAGUAAAAAUAAAAAAAAAAUGUUUUCACAAACUAAACGACUCCAUAUAAUUCAUUUUUCAGUGUUUAUAUAAACUUCAUUCUUGACUUGUCAGGUAAAUGAAAGUUAGAGAAAUGGUCUGUAAAAUUUGUUACUUAUUUGUAUGAAGAUAUUAAUAUGUUGAAAAUAAUUAGCGUAGAGAUGUGGUUUUGUAGAGGAAAUGGUAUGUCUUAAUGUAUUAGGUUUGAAUUUUUUUUUACUUGAUAGUAAAUCAUUUAUCGUUACGCUUUAA